AUGUUUGUUAUUUUUUAUAGUUUAUUAGAAUAUAUUUUUAUUCAAAAAGAAGUUAUGAUUCGACUUCAUUUAUACCUUUUGUUUUUCUGUGGUGUGUGCUUGGCAUAUUUGUUUUUAUAUUUUAUAAAAUAUUUUAAAAAUGAGUUAACCAAUCAAAUUAAGCCUGUUAAAAAAAUUUAUUCAUUGCUACCUCAAGAUAGUCACUUACAAAUUGUUGAAGAAGAAUAUACAGUUUCAGAGUUAGAAGCUAUUAGUUCUAUGAAUGCUGCUCUAGAAAUGAAAAUUGAAGGGAAAUAUGAUAAAGCAUUCAAGUUAUUUAAACAUGCCACAAAUUUAGCUCCAAAACACUCUGACAUAUUAAAUCAUUAUGGAGAAUUUUUAGAAGAAACCCAGAAUGAUGUAAUACAAGCAGAUCAACUUUAUUUUCAAGCCCUUACCUAUAGCCCUGAGCAUGAGAAAGCUAUUCAAAAUAGACAACGUACUGCUCCUUUAGUUGAGGAAAUGGAAAAUGAAAUUUUAAAGAGAAUUGAUAAAAAGAGAGAUCAAAUUUCAGCUAUUCCAGACUCAUUUAUAGGAUUGCAAAGAGCUAAAAAAGAAGCAUAUUUUCAGCAUAUAUAUCAUACUGUUGGAAUAGAAGGAAACACAAUGACUCUUUCUCAAACUAGAUCAAUUGUUGAAACUCAAAUGGCUAUAGGAGGAAAAUCAAUUUUUGAACACAAUGAAAUCCUCGGUUUAGAUGCUGCUCUAAAAUAUAUAAAUACAACAUUAGUAAAUAGGUUUGGUCCAAUUAUGUUAAAAGAUAUUUUAGAAAUUCACAAACGAGUUUUGGGUUACGUUAAUCCUUUUAGCAGUGGAGAAUUUCGUAGAACCCAAGUUUACGUAGGCGGUCUUAUACCGCCAUCGCCCAACGAUAUACCACCGUUGAUGAAAGAAUUUGAAACUUGGCUAAAUUCAGAAUCUGCCGUAAGAAUGCAUCCUGUUAAAUAUGCAGCAUUGGCACAUUAUAAAUUAGUUAGAAUUCAUCCUUUCGAUGAUGGUAACGGCCGAACUUCCAGGCUAUUAAUGAAUGCCAUACUUAUGCAAGCAGGUUUUCCUCCAGUAAUCAUACACAAGCAGGAUCGACACAGGUAUUAUGAAUAUUUAGAAUUAGCCAACGAAGGAGACGUUAGACCUUUUUACCGUUUUAUAGCAGAAUGUACAGAAAAUAUUCUGGACACAUUUUUAUGGGCGACUCAAGAAUACAUAUCAACGAUUCCAGCUUUGGAAAAUGAUUCAAAAAUAACUGAUUUACAAGCAUUAAAUAUCAAUACAACUAAUUUCAAUAAAACAUCUAAAACAUAUUUUUUACAAAUCUAUUUUUUUUUAAUCCUUUCCCGCUUAGUUUAA